AUGCUGACGAUCGUGAGAGGUGCCGAAGAUGUGGCGAGAGCCCGACGAGCAAAUCGAAAGAAUCGCAACAACAGAGCAAACUCGGCAACAGCAGCAGCAACAGCAGCAGCAGCAGAGCAUCACAACGUCGGGCGUCUACCCGGCCAAGUUGGAGUCGCUGUUAGGAGAGGCGACAACAAGCGUCCGCGCCGAACGUUCGACGACGUAUCUGGCGACUACGAGUACAACCCCCUCGAUGUUCACGACGGACCGGGACCAACCAGCGCCGAACCCGCGGCGGGGGGGGGCAACAACGAGCCUGCCACCGUAGAUCUCACGUCGGAAAGACCUGAGCCCGUCGGUGGAGACACGAUGUCGAAUACCUUCGCGGCGUUCGCCAACCCUGGUCCGCUUCGCCGGUCAAAUGCCGCCGAUCAAGUUUGCGCGCAGCAGUUGUUGGGUUCGUGGCUCCAGCCGGUAGCUUCCCCGAAGAAAGCGGCCAAGAGGCGGAGGCAGCGGCCGUCGCAAGGCGCCUUCGACGAGCCCGACGUGCGGCGCAACAGCGCGACGGCGUGGGGGGGCGCGUCUUCCCCGGGGCGGGACAGUAGAGGCGAUGGGUGUGGCACCCGGGGUAACGGCGGUGGCAAUGACGGGACGUUGUCUGCGUGGCUCGAGCCCCGUCAGCCGGCCACAAGGGGCAAGCGAACGGCACACGGCACCUCGGUAGCGGAGCGAGAACCCGACGGCGGGUUCUCUGGUGAUGAAGGCGGUGGCGAGGAUGGGGGUGGCAGGUGGAUGUCUGACAGGCUGGAGGGGCUCGAUCCCACCGGGGCGGCUAGAGCAAAGGACAGCUGGUCGGACAGGGAGCGGCGCAACUUGACGUGCACGGACAUCGCCUUGGGGGCGAAGCGGAAAGGGAGAGGCAGGGGCGGUGGCCCCAGGCGGUGGAAGACGAAAGCCCGCGGGACCAAGGGUUCGGGGUCGACUGGGUUGGGCAGGGGCAGGUUGCGUUCGGAACGAUGA